AUGGACCAAGGCCGCUCAGAGCAGCGGGCACAGGGGCAGCCUGCUGCGUCGUCAGCGCAGGCAGCUCGGCCCACCCCCUCGGCUCACCUAAACCAAGCGCUGCCGGGCGUCAUGCCAACAGACCGGGCAGGGUCCCUGGACCUUGGGACCAGAGCUGAGACCUGGCUAACCGUGCCGGGGAAGCAUUUCAAGCAGCGGGGACAGCCUAGGCCAAAGUCCUGGCGUGAGACUGAACACAGGGAGUCUGGAAACCCGUGUUUGAGGUGGGAUUCCUUGAUUGAAUCUGGUAGUCCAGAGAUCAAGAUACCUACAUUUAUGGAUGAGGAAGUCCAAAAUCUACUCAUCAAGAUGACAGGCUUGAAUUUGCAGAAGGUUUUUAAGCCAGCUAUACAAGAACUGAAGCCACCAACCUAUAAGCUAAUGACCCAGGCACAGUUGGAGGAGGCUACAAGAAAAGCAAUUGAGGCAGCUAAAGUACGAUUAAAAAUGCCACCAGUUCUGGAAGAACGAGUGCCAAUAAAUGAUGUGUUAGCUGAAGAUAAGAUAUUGGAAGGAACAGAAACAGCCAAAUACGUAUUUACUGAUAUAUCAUAUAGCAUACCACACCGGGAGCGUUUUAUUGUUGUCAGAGAACCAAGUGGCACACUACGCAAAGCUUCUUGGGAAGAACGGGACAGGAUGAUACAAAUUUAUUUUCCAAAAGAAGGCCGUAGAGUUUUAACACCAGUAAUUUUCAAGGAAGAAAAUCUUAGGAACAUGUACAGCCAGGACCGACAUGUUGAUGUCCUCAAUCUCUGUGUUGCCCAGUUUGAGCCAGAUUCUGCUGAAUAUAUCAAAAUUCAUCAUCAGACCUACGAAGACAUAGAUAAACAUGGGAAGUAUGACCUUUUACGUUCAACAAGACACUUUGGUGGAAUGGCUUGGUAUUUUGUAAAUAAGAAAAAGAUUGAUGGUUUACUGAUUGACCAGAUUCAGAGAGAUCUAGUCGAUGAUGCCACCAGCUUGGUCCAGCUAUAUCACAUCCUCCAUCCAGAUGGCCAGUCUGCUCAGGAGGCCAAGGAGCAGGCUGCUGAGGGAUUACAUUUAAUUAAGGUCUUUGCAAAAACAGAAGCACAGAAAGGAGCAUAUAUAGAAUUAACACUACAGGCUUAUCAAGAAACAGUCAUUAGCCAUUCUGCAGCUUCCUGAAAACAUUUUUAAAAU